CUUCCGCGUUCAAAGUCACGGUUUUGCAAUAACUCAGCAACUGCCAAAGAUGAAGUGCUCCGUAGCCCUAGUCAUCGCUGCCCUCUCGCUGGCCGCGGAAGGAUCCGUGAUUUCGUGGUACUGGCCACGACCUGUGGCCAUCCCUGCUCCAGCAGGACUAGCCAUUCCCGGUGCCACCGUUAUUCAGUCGAAUCCACCCCCAGCAUUUUUACUGCCAGCACCAGGCUCAGCCAUUACGGUUGAUGCCAAUGGAGUUCCAACGGUGCUCGUCGUUCCAGCACCACUUUCGCCAGCUGUGAUUGUCGCUGGCCCUGUCCCGGCCGCUACCUCCGUGUCGGCAACCCGAGGAUCCGUUCACGUCGCUCCACUGCCAGGACAUUCCGUGUCGCAGCAGCAGUUGAACCUGGCAGCGGCUCCAGGGUCCGAAUAAUCCAUUCAGCAUUUUCAACUUAAACCGCAGUGCUACUCAAAUACUCCCAACUAUGGCUUCUCUCAUGGAUUGCUUCAACCGAUUUCGACAAGAAGACUUGUUCCACCGAUAUGGAUCGGAGACUUCGAGCUGAUUCGGAUGUCUUUUGUACAUUUUAUGUCUCUAUUUUUUCCACAAGUACUCUCAAUAAUAAAUGGCAAGUUCUGAACACGACGACGAUGAAUGGGAUUUGUUUUAAGUGCGCGCUAGAAUAAGUUGUUUAUGGUUUGACCGUUAGUUCCUGA